GUUUCAUAGCUCUCUCCUCCUCUUCCCCUUUUAGGGUUUCUCAGUACGCCGAUCUUGUUUCCCCAAAAAUGGCAGCAAUAGCAGCAGCACCGGCGGUGUCGCAGUCGCGUUCCUCCAAGACGGAAUCCUAUGUAGACAACAAGAGGAAGGAGGACAUCCGCCAGGCCAACAUAAAUGCAGCCCGCGCCGUCGCUGACGCUGUCCGUACCAGUCUCGGACCUAAAGGUAUGGACAAGAUGAUCUCGACCGCUAAUGGGGAGGUUAUCAUCACCAACGACGGCGCCACCAUCCUCAACAAGAUGGAGGUCCUCCAGCCAGCUGCCAAGAUGCUCGUCGAUCUAUCAAAGUCCCAGGAUGCUGCCGCCGGGGAUGGAACCACUACGGUCGUUGUCAUCGCUGGGGCUCUUCUUAAACAGUGCCUCUUGCUCCUCUCUCGCGGUAUUCAUCCGACGGUCAUCUCAGAUUCUCUCCAUAAGGCCUCCAUUAAAGCCGUUGAUGUCCUUACUGCUAUGGCCGUUCCUGUGGAGUUAUCUGACCGUGAUUCAUUGAUAAAGUCUGCUAGCACUUCAUUGAACAGCAAGGUGGUCAGUCAAUACUCGACCCUCCUGGCUCCUCUUGCUGUCGAUGCUGUUCUAUCUGUGGUGGAUCCGGAGAAACCUGAUUUGGUGGACCUGAGGGACAUUAAGAUUGUGAAGAAGCUUGGAGGCACAGUGGACGACACUGAGAUGGUUAAAGGUUUAGUUUUUGACAAAAAGGUGAGUCAUGCGGCUGGGGGACCAACCAGGAUGGAAAAUGCUAAGAUUGCUGUAAUUCAGUUCCAGAUUUCACCGCCGAAGACUGAUAUUGAGCAGAGUAUUGUGGUUUCCGACUAUACGCAGAUGGAUAGGAUACUGAAGGAGGAGAGAAAUUACAUUUUGGGAAUGAUUAAGAAAAUUAAGGCAACAGGUUGUAACGUGCUACUGAUUCAGAAAAGUAUUUUGAGGGAUGCUGUGACAGAUUUAUCUCUGCAUUACUUGGCCAAGGCAAAGAUUUUGGUUAUUAAGGAUGUGGAGCGUGAUGAGAUUGAGUUCAUUACCAAGACAUUGAAUUGUUUGCCUAUUGCAAAUAUUGAACAUUUCCGGGCAGAGAAGCUGGGGCAUGCUGACCUUGUGGAGGAGGUUUCUCUUGGGGAUGGAAAGAUUGUGAAGAUUACGGGAAUAAAGGAUAUGGGGGGGACGACGACAGUGCUUGUUCGUGGAUCAAAUCAGUUGGUGAUAGAUGAAGCUGAGCGGAGUUUGCAUGAUGCUUUGUGUGUGGUUAGGUGUUUAGUCAAUAAAAGGUUUCUGAUUGCUGGUGGUGGUGCACCUGAAAUUGAGCUGUCAAGGCAGCUGGGUGCGUGGGCUAAGGUGUUGCACGGGAUGGAGGGCUACUGUGUUAGGUCAUUUGCUGAGGCACUUGAGGUCAUUCCCUAUACUCUGGCUGAGAAUGCAGGGUUGAACCCUAUAGCAAUUGUGACAGAGCUGAGGAAUCGGCAUGCUCUUGGUGAGAUUAAUGCUGGGAUCAAUGUGAGGAAGGGACAAAUUACAAAUAUUUUGGAGGAGAAUGUGGUCCAGCCGCUGCUUGUGAGCACAAGUGCAAUUACAUUGGCAACAGAGUGCGUGCGGAUGAUUUUGAAGAUUGAUGAUAUUGUCACUGUGAGGUAGUUUUGUUUUAUGAGGAUGAAAUGUUUUCCCUUGUUAUCCUUGUUCCUGUGUGUUUUUUGAACUAGUGGUUUUGUGGUCUUUUGUAAUUCACUAUUUUGAAGAAUUAUGCAAUGGUUUUAAUUAUAUAUUUGCUUUGUGGUUGUAUGUGUUAACUUCAUGGCGGCUUUCUGGUUUUGCGUUGGUAUUAGGAUGAUUGAUGAAACAAUACUCAUUAUUUAUUUUGAGCUGUUUCAGAGAAUGGCAGUUACUAAGUUUUUUAUGAUUUUGUUGUGUUUCUGUCUGGUGACUUCUUUGUAAUCAUGUUUUAAUCAGAAUUAUUGGUUCUUUUAGAUCAGAAAGCUGAAUCUGGUUUCCUUCGGUGGAUUUUCUGAGUUCUGCUUUACUUGUUUAGGCUUCUUGUUUUGGGUUGAAAAACAUAAACAGAAUAAUAUUUGCAUCUGUGC